GCAAACGUGCAAACUCACUAAAAAUCAGCUGAAGUUUCUUCGAAAAAUAUGUCUCAAUUUAAAUUUCAAUCGGAGCUAGAUGAUCUCCUGUGCCUUGAUGCUCCGUUGAGAAAAGGCCCAACUCCUAGAUGGCAAAGAAAGUCGGCAUUAGAGCGAAACACCUCGCCACUACGUUCUUCUCGGAAUUUGAACACAAGCUCCAAAACACCUUCGAAAACACCGAAGUCAAAGACGCCACGAACUUCAAAAACUCCAAAGACUCCGUCAGAAGAUCGUUUUAUACCUUGCCGAAGCAGUAUGAACUUUGAUACAAACUAUUAUAAGAUGAUUUCAACUGAAAACGAAGAACAAGAAAACGACAGCCCGUCGAAGAAAGAGUACCAGAAGAACAUGGCGGAGAGUUUGAACGGUAGCGAUGCUAACGCACGAAUUCUUGCCUACAAAACUAAAGCACCGACUCCAAGAGAAGGUUAUAUGAAUGAUCUGCGUGUUCUGUACAGCCAGUCCAAAACAACUUCCACUGCGAAGAAGAAGAAUGCGAGACACAUUUCUCAAGUCCCAGACAGAAUCCUGGAUGCUCCCGACCUUCUAGACGAUUAUUAUUUGAAUCUAUUAGACUGGAGCUGCAACAACCAUUUGGCAGUGGCCUUGGGAGGAUUUGUAUAUCUUUGGAAUGCAGGUUCUGGAGACAUUGUACAACUCUGUCAGAUGGAUUCUACGGAUGUGUAUGUCAGCUCUGUGUCAUGGAUAAAGGAGGGCAACUUUCUUGCAGUUGGGACAAGUGAAGGAGCAGUUCAGUUAUGGGAUGUUGAAAAGCAAAAGCGAGUUCGUAACAUGACUGGCCAUUCAUCAAGGACUGGAGCCCUGUCUUGGAAUUCCUACAUCGUUUCAAGUGGAAGUAGAAGUGGUGCUAUUCAUCACCAUGAYGUACGAGCUGCUGAACACCACGUGGCAACUCUCCGAAGACACACACAAGAGGUUUGCGGUCUAAAGUGGUCGCCAGAUGGGAAACUACUGGCCAGUGGUGGAAAUGACAACAUCCUUAACAUCUGGGAUUCAAACAUUACCUCAUCACAAGUCAAYGAGACUCCGUUAUUUUCUCUGUCAMGUCAUCAGGCUGCGGUCAAGGCAUUAGAUUGGUGUCCAUUCCAGCGCAAUGUGUUGGCKAGUGGUGGUGGUACUGCUGAUAGGUGUAUAAAAUUCUGGAAYGCCUCCACUGGUGUUUGUCUAAACAGUGUUGACACCAAAUCACAGGUUUGUUCAAUCCUGUGGUCCAAAGAGUACAAGGAGUUGAUAUCYAGCCAUGGGUAUGCUCAUAACCAAUUGAUCAUUUGGAAGUACCCAAGUAUGUCUAAAGUUACAGAGCUAACAGGUCAUUCUUGCCGUGUUCUCCACAUGGCAAUGAGUCCWGAUGGACAAACRGUGAUCUCCGCUGCAGCUGACGAAACCCUGCGACUAUGGAAGUGCUUUGCAACUGACCCUCACAAGAAGAAAGUAAAACCAACGACCUUGAAGUCUAGYACCAUCAUUAGACAAGGAAUUCGAUGAGUAAUUAAUUUUCAUCAGCAAAUUU